AUGUCCAUCAAAAUCCCCGAUACAUACACACAUUUUAAGCUGCCGACCCUCAGCUUCGCCCAUCACCCGGCAAGCUCCCCCACAGUCACGCCCGUCAUCGUUCUCAAGCUCGACCGCCCCGAAGCUCGCCAUGCGUUCACCGAUGAGAUGGCCAGAUCGCUCAUCACCGCCUACGACACCCUAUCUGCAGAUGACCGCGUGAGAGCCAUUGUGCUGACGUCCUCGGACGAGUCCAACCGCUUCUUCUGCGCCGGCAUGGACUUCAACGCUGCCCAGCACGAGCCCGUUGUCGAAGAGACCGUCACUUCGCACCGUGACGGUGGCGGCACCGUCAGUCUUGCCAUGCACCGCUGCACAAAGCCCAUUGUUGCGGCGAUCCGCGGCUCUGCUGUGGGCGUGGGUAUCACACAGACCCUCCCUGCUACCAUCCGCGUGGCUAACAAGGACGCAAAGAUUGGCUUCGUCUUUGGCCGCCGCGGAUUCUGCAUGGAGGCCUGCAGCUCCUUCUACCUGCCUCGCUUGAUUGGUACGAGCCGUGCCAUGCACCUGGUUAGCACAGCUGCUGUGUACCCAGCUUCACACAAGCUGCUCGAUGGCUUGUUUAGUGAGGUUGUCGAGGCUCACGAGGUUGUGCCUACAGCGUUGAGGCUUGCGCAGGAAAUCGCAGACAAUGUCAGCCUUGUCUCCUUGCAAAUCAUGAAGGCUAUGAUUAACCAGGGCCCUACAUCGGCUGAAGAAGCCCAUUUGUUGGAGAGCAAAAUGUUCUACACUCUGUACAGAAGUCAAGAUGCCAAGGAAGGUGUCCAGAGCUUCCUUGAGAAGCGUCCGCCAAAGUUCACUGACACCAUUCAGCAGAACGCACCGCAGUUCUACCCGUGGUGGUCGCCCUUGGACGUCAAGGCGAAGCUCUAA